UGACACGAUGAAGGCCGAUUCAGUUUCACGCUAUGGUAUAUUGAGCUGUGUCUUUAUUCCUGACAAUAAUGAAACUGAAGCCAGUUUCGAAGCUUAUAACAUGAAGCGUCCAAUACGUCAAGCAACUUAUAAACGUACCUAUUGCAGACGGCAGGUGACAAAUUAUGAUUCAAGUUCUGGUGUGUCAAGUGCUCAUACCAGUCCAGCAGGACGUAAUAUUUUCGUAAGAGAACGGUAUAAGCCCGCUGCGUCGAGAGCAUUGAAAUUCGAAGAGAAACCUAUGUGUAAUGUGCUUCCGGCUUGCGAUGAUUUUGAUGAAAUUGAUGCUUUACAACAACAACAACAACCACAACAACAAUGCCUACAAGAAUAUAAAUCAUUCGGCUAUUAUUCAGAAGACGAUAGUGUUCUAUCCACAACCACCGGUUCUUGCAUGCGUCGCACUCAAGAGAUAAGUGAAAAUAUAUCGACAUACUGCACUGCAGUAACAUCUCCACCCAAUAAUGUGAAAAUGGAAGUGUACAUGAUGUCCCGUACUAAAGGUUUAAUGCCAAAAAUUUCAUCACCCCUAUGCCAGAGACGGGAUCAGAGUACUGACAGUUUACCUACGGCUACUACACGACGCUCUGCCUCAUAUCAAAAAUGGGUUAAUUACUUGGAAGAAUCACCGGCUUAUAUGUCACAAAAUAUUACCCAUUUACCUGAAGCGAUAUCUGGCCGUUUCUGCCCAUUGAAUUUUCCAGCCUACACGAAUCUAGAUGCUAUGGAAUGCGCUCAUAAAUGUUAUGAAAUUGUACGCAAGAAGUCUAAUGUGUUAGUAAGCGCAAAAGACGAAUCUUAUAUAGAAAGCACGGAAUUGUAGAAGUAUUUCACGACCUUACUGCACUUACGCUCGCUGCAACAUUUACGCUCGUCUCGUAAAUGCUUUGUAUUACUUCAAAGUGAGCCCAAUUAGAAGGUAAUAAUUUAGCAAGGCGUGACAGUAUCAGAA